AUGACCACUCAGCACAGCAGUGCAGUGAAUAACCCGGACCUUGAAAAAAUUGUAAAAAGAUGGGCAGUAGAAAUGUUUGAAGUAACAAAAACUGAAGAACAAAGUUUCAUCUCACCUGAACAUCUUGUGUACAACAUCAACUUGAAAGGAAUCCAAUCGACAAACAAGGAGCCCACUACCGACGUAUCUCAUGGGGGCUAUUGUAAUGUCAAUGUACACCAGAGUUCGACGUUCAAUAAUACUAAGGUCUCUGUGCGGAACGCAAGGGACAACACAACACAUCAUCCAGCAGCCGUAAACGUAGAUUUAACAGUAAAUUUCCAAACUUAACGACGUACUAAUAUGAAAUUAAAUUAGUUUAAAUAUUAUUAUGAAAAUUUGUUCACAAUUUCAAAUUUUACUGUAAUUAAAAGCAAAUUAUAACAAAUAAAAAAGAUGGGCUUUUAAAAAAAUAACUGAAAGCCGAUUUAGAAUCAUUGCUGCUAACUCAUGUAGUGUCAGCAACUGUAGCAAGUUAUAGUAAAACUAACAAUGAAGUCGAUCGAUGAUUUACAAACGAAUCAAACGUAUCAUAGCUACACGCAUAAAUGUCAUUGUCAUUCAUUGAAAUGAAUUAAUCUAAUUAACUUAUAUAAACAUUCAAAAGUUAAUUUUACAACCAAUUUUACAAAUUUCAAAACAUCGUUAAACACACAAUACCAAGCAAACCUUAUUAAUACUUUCAGUCAAUCAACUCAAGGUACUACGUAUCAUGUUCCUUUGAUACAAUAAAAUUUAAAGAAUUCAUGUAACCGCUACUAGUUUGAAUAUAUAAAAACCACUGUACAACCAGAGAGCCAUGCAAAGUAGUAUAAAAUACAGCAUAAUAUAUUAUAAUAGGUAACAUCGUUAGUUGCAUGCUUUUAAAAAAAAGAGAAAAAAUGACAAUAGUAGAACAUGUAAACCUGUUAGAUCCAAUACAACAUUAUUUAUUACUUACGACGCAAUGGUCGAAGGACUCAUCCGAAGGACUAACUACCUUGAUGCGGGGAACCUGCUGCCGUCGCGAUGACCAGGUGCUCUAAAUGAAGAGAGCAAUGGAAAUCUCUGUGAGACAUUGUGCAAAUCAUUAGAAUCACGCUGGCCACUUGGAGUCGCUUGUCGGUUUCUAGUUGCAUUCAAGAGGCUGCUCACGUCAAAGUUUCCCAUCAGCGCGGGUACCGGUAGUCUACUGUUAUUACUGUUGCUGCUGUUGUUGUUGGAGUUCAUGUUGCUGACCAAGUUUGAGAGGAGAACAUUCCGGAUGAGAUCCAAGCCAGUAGGAGGCAGACUCAGUGGAGGAGGUGGCAUGUUUCUGUUGAAUUCGUUAGGCAACGGUUGCUGGCCGAGCACUGCGCGAUUCAACGACGGAGCAACGAAAGAAGAAGUUGGCUGUGAGUCAGUUGCAAAAUUUGAGAUGUGCUGCUGUUGUGG